AUGUCUUUCUGGCGCGAAAUUCUCCAUCAGAAAGUUCACGCGUUGAUCGCGCUUGAGAAUGUAAACAUCCGAAAGUCUGACAUUUAGUUGUCGGGUUUUUUGUUCAUAUAUCUGCGCAGACGUCUGAAUGACUCCUGUAAUUAUUUGAGUCUCUUAAGACGAAAAUAGACGUAUACUUUAUACUUGUUUGGAUAAAGCGCACUUCUGGCUUUGGAUUAAUACAGGUGAUCUAUUUUGCGAUCACGAGUGUAUUGCGAUGGCGGAUGUGUUGUCAGAUACGAGUGAUGUUAGUGGAGGAGAGGAGAGUCAGGAAGAUGUGAUGACUCCAGCAGAGCUCAUCGCCAAACUGGAGGAGGCUUGGCUUAAUGAGAAGUUUUCUCCUGAACUGCUGGAGAACAAAUCUGAGUUGGUUGAAUGUGUGAUGGAGCAGCUGACACAUAUGGAGGAAAAUCUUCAGAGAGUGAGAAAAGGUGACUUGAAGGCCAGCAUUCACCGUAUGGAGAUCGAUCGCAUACGCUUUGUUCUAAGCAGCUAUCUCCGCUCAAGACUGCAGAAGAUAGAAAAGUUUUUUCCUCAUGUUUUGGAGAAAGAGAAGUCACGUGCGGACGGGGACCCUUCGUUUUUGUCUCCUGAGGAGUUUGCUUUUGCUAAAGAGUAUCUGGCCAACACAGAGGUAUAUCUGCGUGCUGUAGCUUUAAAACACAUGCCACCAAACCUUCAGAGCAUUGACAUGCUGAAAGCAGUUCCUGAGCCGUGCCUGGACUCGUUUGUGUUCCUGAGAGUGAAAGAGAGACAGGAAAAUAUCCUUGUGGAGCCUGAAACAGAUGAGCAGAGGGAGUAUGUUGUGGAUUUGGAUGAAGGUUCUCAGCAUCUGAUGCGUUAUCGUACUAUAGCCCCUCUAGUGGCCAGCGGUGCAGUGCAACUUAUUUAGCACAGGAACAGAAUGGACAGAAGUAUGAAUGACGUCUGUACUCGUUCUUCUCAUUUUCAACUCCACGUCUGUCUGGCUGGAUCAGUGUUGUUAAAUUAACAAAACAGUAUGAUAUUAAAAGCUUGUAGUAUAGUUCAGACCCUACCUAGGGUGUAUUUAAUCUGUACUUGCAAGCUUUGUCAUAUUUUGACUACUCUGGUAUUGCUGUAUGACGCUUGAAACCCUCCCUUUGAAACGGAAGCUGUGGUUUUCUCUGUAAAUGGGAAGUUGUGGGUUGGUUUACAUGAUUGUGGGUUGUUUUUUUUGUUUGUUUUUUUUGAUGGUCAGCGGGCUUGUGCUGCUGUUCUGGAAUCAAAUUGUCUUGUAUAUAUUUCCACUUAUCAAUAAAUACAUUUUUGUGUUGA